GUAUAAGUUACGCAGAAAAUAUCUCACUGUAAUAGUUUACGUAUUUAAUUCGAAUAUUUAUUAAUAACAUUCUAAUUCUGCAUACUUAAAAGUUUCUAAUAUAUUCUAAUGAAAAUAUCUAAUGGUCGACGCGAGCACUGUUAUUUUACAUUUGAAUAAUAAAACUAUUUCAUUCAUGUUGAUUUCAUAUUUAAUAAGUACGGCUAGUAAGUGAAUAUAAAUAAAAAAGUAGACAGUACUUUCUAAAUUAUUAAAAUGGACGACAAUCAAAUUUAUAUAAAAAUUGAACCAGAAGACGACUACGAAAAUUCGUCUUCACCCCUAAAUUUAUCAGUUCCUGAGAAAGUACACGUUAAACCUGAUCUUUUUAUGAACAUAGAAGCAAAUAUUAAAGUAAUAAAGGAAGAGUCUAUAGACAUAAAUAUUGAGUAUACUAAUGAUGAAGAGGUUACAAUGAAAAAUGAACCUUCAGUUAGUACCAAUGAAAACUCCAUUGAAAAUGCAGAACUUUUUAGUGCCACAAAGAGAAGAAAGAAAAGAAUUACACAAUGCAACAGUGACGAUGAAGAAUAUACACCUAGAGGGAAUAAGAAGAACAAAAAGGAUGAUAAAGUAAAACCAACAUAUAGAGGAAAAUCUAAAAAAGAAGAAACAAUGAUGUACUCUGAAGAUAUAACGAAGCAUAUAGAGAUCGUGACUAUCACAGAGCAGGAGAGGCAGAAGGAGCACGGCGAUCUGCUGCUAGCCAGGAGACACAUGCGGUACAGAUGCGACAUGUGCGCGCUAGGGUUCGUGGUGGAAGACGCUUAUCUGGUGCACAUGAAGGUCCACUCUCCGAAUCAAGGAGAUUACGAAUGCGAGUUGUGCCAUUCGUUUCUGAAGCGUGAGAGCAUGCUGUACAGACACCGGUUGCGGCACUACCGCCGCUACCGUUGUAUGCAGUGCCGUACAUUACACAAGGACCGGGACACCGCCGCCAGUCACAUAAUGGCAGAGCACGCAAUGAAGACAUUCAAUUGUGAUAUAUGCGGCCGGCAUUUCAAACGGCCACAGUAUCUUCAGAGACAUAUAGACCAACACCACACGAAGCCUCUAAGGCUAGAGUGUCCAGAGUGCAAACGAGUGUUUCACGAGAGAGGACGGUAUCGGAGUCACGUCAGGACGCAUAACGAAGAAGUGAGAUCUAACACGGAACACCCCACAGUGCCCUGCGACAUAUGUUCCCGAGUGUACAGAAAUAAGGGUGGCCUGAAGCGCCAUCUAUUCUCGUUUCAUAUGGAUGUGGUCUGCUCUCUUUGCGUAACGCGGUUUGAUAACAAUGACCAACUCAAUGAGCAUUACAAGCAAAUACAUAACGGUGCUUUUUUCAACGCCGGGGAGGAGUGCCCACACUGUUCGAGGGUACUGGUCACUCGCGCUAUGCUGCAACGGCAUAUACAACGUAUGCACAGCGACCGCACUAAGAAGUACCAGUGCGACCACUGCCAGCGACUGUACCUCACCAAGGGCGAGGUGCGCGCGCACAUCAUGUGGUCGCACGAGCGAGCACGUGGAGGACACGCCUGCGCGCGCUGCGGACGAGUGUUCAGGACGCCCGGCCGCCUGCGGGGACACCUGGCGCGCGACCACCUGCGGCUGCCCGCGCCGCGCCUCCACGCCUGCCACGUCUGCCACAAGGCCUUCGAGAACAAACAAGUCCUCAAACGUCACUUGAGGGUUCACUCAGAUGAGAUGUAUCCCUGCAAGGAAUGCGGCGUGUUAUUCAAAACUGAACCUUAUGUGCAAGUGCAUUACAAACUAAAACAUUUAAAUAUGACCCGAGAAGAGAUAAAAGGUCAAAUUCAGAAGAGGAAAGCGCAAAGCAUAAAUCUAUUCAAACCAACAAUAGCCCAAUUGAAAACGUUAUCAUCGGAAAAUAAAGGUAAACUGCAACUUAAAAUCAAUAAGGGCAUUGUUAAUAGUGAAGUCAGUGCCAAAAAGAACUCUAUUGUUAUUACAAAUAACGCAGAAGAUCCACUGUUAAUUAGUGAUAACAAUAAACUAAAUGAAUUUACCAGUGAAAGUGAUAAGAAAAUGGAUACAAACGAUAUAAGUGAUAUUACUACACCGCUGUUUGAAACGUUUGUCGAUAUACAAAGAGAUGUAGAGAAUUGAGAUAAUUUCUAGAUAAAUGACGUCCCUGGUUAUGACAAAUUAGUUUUACUUUCAUGUGUAAAAAUUCUUGUCUAUGGUACUAAAUAGAUUGUAUGGAUGUAACAUAAUAUUUUGUACAAGAUUUCAAUGAUAUCAAUUUUAAUUUUGUACUAUAAUUUUGGCUGUGAAUAUAAUA